CUAGAAUUUUCUUUUUUCCUUCUGACCGAUCGGCAAAACGUUCCCACAAACAGUCACUAUUCCAACUUCCAAGUUCAUAAACGCAAUCGGUUUGUCCUUGUAACAUACGAUCUAAGCACGAUGAGAUUUUUCAGCAGGAGCACUUCCAAUGACUCGUCUCAACAAUCACCGUCGACGCCGUCUUCUUCAACUCCUCUUUUUUCACCAUCCACUUCCGUCGCUUCUGGCCCUGCCAGGCCCAUUCGUCUCGUCUAUUGCGAUGAGAGAGGAAAGUUUCAGAUGGAUCCCGAAGCUGUUUCUCUUCUUCAGCUUGUUAAAGAACCCAUCGGCGUGGUUUCAGUCUGUGGUCGUGCUCGCCAAGGCAAGAGUUAUAUCUUAAAUCAGCUUCUUGGAAGGAGUAGUGGAUUUAAGGUGGCAUCAACUCAUCGUCCUUGCACAAAAGGGCUUUGGCUGUGGAGUACUCCUUUAAAAAGAACUGCCCUUGAUGGAACUGAGUACAAUCUUCUAUUGAUUGAUAGCGAAGGAAUUGAUGCCUAUGAUCAAACGGGAACAUACAGCACACAGAUCUUCUCUCUUGCUGUACUCUUAUCAAGCAUGUUCAUAUAUAACCAGAUGGGAGGUAUAGAUGAGGCUGCACUUGAUCGUCUCUCUCUUGUAACUGAAAUGACAAAGCAUAUUCGUGUCAGAGCCUCGGGGGGUAAAACCACAGCUUCUGAACUCGGACAAUUCUCCCCAAUCUUUGUGUGGCUUCUAAGGGAUUUCUAUUUGGAUUUGGUUGAGGAUAAUAGGAAAAUAACUCCUCGUGACUACCUAGAGCUUGCUUUGAGGCCAGUUGAAGGUGGUGGAAGAGAUGUUUCAGCUAAAAAUGAGAUUCGAGAAUCCAUCCGAGCUCUCUUUCCAGAUAGGGAUUGUUUCACUCUUGUGAGACCUUUGAGCAAUGAGAAUGAGCUCCAACGGCUUGACCAAAUAUCAAUGGAGAAAUUGAGGCCAGAGUUCAAAGCAGGACUGGAUGAGUUAACAAGGUUUGUAUUUGAGAGAACUAGGCCCAAGCAGCUGGGGUCCACGGUUAUGAAUGGACCUAUUUUUGCUGGCAUCACUCAGUCUUUUCUGGAUGCUCUCAAUAAUGGUGCAGUUCCUACAAUCACUUCCUCAUGGCAGAGUGUUGAAGAAACAGAAUGUCAAAAGGCAUUGGAGUAUGCUACUGAAGUUUACAAGUCUUCUUUCGAUCGUACACGACCCCCUGAGGAAGCUGCAUUACGAGAAACACAUGAAGAGGCUGUUCAGAAGGCUGUGUCUGCUUUUAAUUCUACUGCAGUAGGGGCGGGCUCCGCUAGGCAAAGAUGUGAAAAGCGUCUUCGUGUUUUUUUCACAAAGGAAUUUGAGGAUUAUAAAAGGGAGGCCUUUAUGAAGGCUUACAUGCAAUGCUCAAAUGCCAUACAAAAAAUGGAGAAAGAACUACGAGCAGCUUGUCAAGCUCCAGCUGCAAAGUUUGAUAAUAUUCUGAAGGUUCUUGAUCAGCUUUUAAGCAGCUAUGAAGCAACUGCUUAUGGUCCAGAGAAGUGGCAGAAACUAGCUUCUUUUUUACGACAAAGCUUGGAAGGUCCAGUUCUCGACUUCGUGAAGAAACAGAUAGACCACAUCACCUCAGAAAAAAGCUCCCUCCUCUUAAAAUGUCGCUCAAUUGAAGACAAAAUGGGAUUACUCACAAAACAACUAGAAGCAAGUGAGAAAUACAAAUCCGAUUACAUAAAACGCUAUGAAGAUGCCAUUAAAGACAAAAACAAGCUUGCAGAAGAGUACAUGACUCGAAUAUCCGAUCUCAAAAACAACUCGAGCUCAUUAGAAGAAAAAUACUCCAACUUAUCAAGAACACUGGAAUCAGCCAAAAGAGAAUCCAUAGAAUGGAAAAGAAAAUAUGACAUAGCAUUAUCUAAGCAGAAAGCCGGGGAAGAACAAGCUUCAUCUGAAGUAGCGAAUUUGAAGGCGAGGAGUAGCGCGGCUGAAACAAGACUGGCGGCUGCCCGGGAACAAACCGUGGCGGCUCAAGAGGAGGCGGCAGAGUGGAAACGGAAGUAUGACGUGGCGGUAAGGGAGGCAAAGAGCGCGCUCGAGAAGGCGGCGGCGGUUCAAGAUCGCGCGAGUAAACAAACACAGAACCGCGAGGAUGCUCUACGGGCAGAAUUUGCAUGCACGUUAGCUGACAAGGAAGCGGAAAUAAAAAGUAAGGCAGCAAAGAUUGAUCAGGCGGAGCAGCGUGUAACUACUUUGAGGUUGGAGUUGAAGGCUGCAGAGUCAAAAAUAAAAAGCUACGAUUCAGAAAUAUCCGCUUUAAAAUCCGACAUCAAGGAAUUAAGCAAACAGUUAGAAUCCGCAAACGCAACAGCUCAAUCAUACGAAAGAGAGUCGAGAAUUCUAGAACAAGAACGAAUCCAUUUACAACAAAAAUACAGAUCCGAAUUCGACCGAUUCGAAGAAGUCCAAGAAAGAUGCAGAACCGCAGAAAAAGAAACAAAAAGAGCAACCGAGUUAGCCGACAUCGCCCGGGCAGAAGCCAUGGCUGCCCAAAAAGACAAAAACGAAAUCCAACGCUUAGCCACCGACCGGCUGACCCAACUCACAAAACUCCAACAACACAUCGAAACCCUUUCCCGCCAAAAAACCGACUUAUCACACAAACUAAACCAAUUCCAAUCCGCUGAAAUGGACGCGAUAUCCAAAGUCUCGAUUCUAGAAGCAAGAGUCGAAGAAAGGGAAAAAGAGAUAGAAAAUUUAUUGAAUACAAACAACGAACAACGCGCGAAUACGGUUCAAGUCCUUGAAAGUUUAUUGGAAACCGAACGGGCAGCUCGGGCAGAAGCUACAAACCGGGCAGAAGCGCUUUCGGUUCAACUACAAGCCACACAAGGGAAGCUCGAUUUGUUACAACAACAAAUGACAACGAUUCGGCUUAAUGAAUCUGCUUUGGAUAACAAACUUAGAACCGCUUCACAAAAAAGGUUUCGGGUUGAAGAAGAACAUGAAAUGGGGACGGAUUCGGUUCAGGAGAUUGGUAGGGGGAAUAAGAGGUCGAGGAGUACGAAUAGUCCGUUGAAAUUUGGUUUGAGUGAAGAUGGUGGUUCGGUUUUUAAGGGGUAUGAUGAUGUGUUCUUGGGAAAGAAUGAAACGGGUUAUUUCAAUGAAAGAAAAUCUCAACUGGUGGCUGUCUCGUUCUACAGAAAUCAUAAAACCGUGUGUUAUAGAUAG